UGUGUCUGUCUGUCUGUGUGUGUAGGUUGGCGUCUGCGCUAGAAGGCGAAGGCUGUCCCCGUUGGAGUGUUGUGCUCGUGUGUGUGACUCUGCUCUCCUGCCGCCCACUUCUCUUGACACUUCUUAUAUUCCGUGUGUGUCACCCCUGCCGCCGUCAUGGACCCAGCCUUCGAGGGAGCCGGCUCAGAGGAGGGCCUGCAGAUCUGGAGAAUAGAGAACUUCGAAGUUGUGCCUUACCCGAAGGAGAAGUACGGACAGUUCUACCGCGGCGACUCCUACAUCGUCCUCUACACGAGCGUCAUCAACGACAACAAGAGCUGGGACUUGCACUUCUGGCUGGGCUCCCAGACCUCGCAGGAUGAGGCAGGCGCGGCGGCCAUCAAGACGGUGGAGCUGGACGACUCCCUUGGGGGCGUGCCUGUUCAGCACCGCGAGGUGGAGGAGCACGAGUCAUCCCUCUUCCUCUCCAGGUUCAAGAAGGGUGUGAGGUACCUGAAUGGUGGUGUGGCCUCAGGAUUCCGCCAUGUGGACCCUGAUGCCCCCUACCCUGCCCGGCUCUUCCACGUCAAGGGCCGCAGGAAUGUGCGCGUCAAGGAGGUUGAGUUGGGUGUUGGUUCCAUGAACAAGGGUGACUGCUUCAUCCUGGACUGUGGAGACCAGGUGUUGGUGUACAUGGGGCCUGCCAGCCGCAGAAUAGAGCGUCUCAAGGCCAUCACCGCUGCCAAUGCCAUCAGGGAUGAUGACCAUGCUGGCAAGGCCAAGGUGGUGGUUGUAGAUGAGUCUGCCUCUGGAGAUGAAGUGGAGGCAUUCUUCACUGGCCUGGGUGGAGGCUCCCCUGAUGAUGUGGCUGAUGAGUCUGCAGGUGAAGAUGAUGCAACCUUUGAGCGAUCUGAAGAUAGUGUGGUGACCCUGUACCAUGUGUUUGAAGACAGCUCGGGAGCAAUGCAGACCAAGAAAAUUGGGGAGAAGCCGCUGCUUCAGUCAAUGCUUGAUUCUGGGGAGAGUGCCCAGGACUGUUUCUUGCUGGACACUGGCUCUGGAGUCUAUGUUUGGAUCGGCAGUGGCUCCAGCAAGAAUGAGAAAGUUAAGAGCAUGGAGAUGGCUGCACAAUAUAUGGAACAGAAGGGAUACCCUAAAUGGAGGAGUGUGCAGCGUGUGGUGGAGAAAGCUGAGCCUGCGGUGUUCAAGUCUUACUUCAAGACCUGGAAGGAGCCUGAAGAGCAAGUGGGACUGGGCAGAGUCUUUAAUAAGAGACAGAUUGCUGCAAUGCAAGCAGUGGAGGCAGACUUUGAUCCUAGCUCACUGCAUGCAGAGAAGCGGCGUUUGCUGCUGAAGAAUGCUGGACCUGCCAUCGGUUUCAUGCCUGAUGAUGGUUCGGGCCAGAUUGAGAUUUGGCGUGUGGAGGACUUUGAGCUGCAGCCGGUUGAUGAGAGUGCCAAGGGCUUCCUGUUUGGAGGUGACUCUUAUGUCAUGAAGUACACCUAUGAGGUCAAUGGUAAUGAGCGCUACAUCCUGUACUUCUGGCAGGGAGUUGCAAGUAGCCAGGAUGAGCGAGCGGCUUCAGCCAUACACACAGUGCGCCUUGACAAUGAGCUCAAUGGCAAGGCUGUGCAAGUGAGGGUGGUGCAGGGCUCUGAACCAGCCCACUUCUUGAGGAUCUUUAAGGGUCAGAUGGUGGUGUUCCUGGGCGGAAAGGCAUCUGGUUUCAAGAAUGUGCAUGAUCAUGACACCUAUGAUGUGGACGGCACUCGCCUCUUCAGGGUUCGUGGGACAUGCGACCUGGACACUCGGGCAGUGCAGGUGCAGGAGGAGGCCGCCUCACUCAACUCUGAUGACGUCUAUGUCCUGGAGACUCCAGCCAAGACUUACCUGUGGAUUGGCAAGGGUGCUAAUGAAGAGGAGAAGGCCAUGGGAGAGAGAGUGGCAGGACUGGUGUCCCCUGACAGGGAGCUGCAGACACUGGCUGAAGGUGAGGAGGAGGACAGCUUCUGGGACAGUCUGGGAGGCAAAGGAGAAUACCAGACAUGUCGUGACGUGGACAGGCCAUUGCUGUACCCUCGCCUCUUCCACUGCACCAUUUCCCCUGCUGGCUGCCUGCGGGUUAAUGAAGUGGCUCACUUCUCCCAAGAGGACUUGAACGAGGAUGACGUGAUGGUGCUGGACUCUGGUGAUGAGGUGUAUGUCUGGGUUGGCCGUGGCUCAGAUGACCAGGAGAAAGAGAAGGCCCUGGAGAUGGCAAAGAAUUACAUCAAGACUGACCCAACGGAGCGCUCCUUGGACACAACGGUGAUCUUGCGCAUCAACCAGGGAGAAGAACCCGCUGCCUUCACUGCUAUCUUCCCUGCCUGGAAUCCCGACUUGUGGGAGCCGUGCCCCAGCCCUGAUGCGAUGCCUCAAAUGAUUGAAAACAAUAUAGUCCAUAACGCUAAAGAAGAAAGCGAAAAUAUAACCAAAGAUCAGCUGUUGAAGGUUGAGGAAGCGCCAGCAGAGAAAGAGCACCCUGCUGCUAGUUGUUGCUGUUGCCAAUGAGAGUAAAGGACUGCCAAGUUAUGAAGAUAUGAAGGCUCACCUGGCAGAGAGCAAUGCAGCACUGGCCUAGACCACCACAGCCACUACUCCUCAUCCAUGCCUGGGAGGAAAACCUACACCAAUACUUAUCUUUAUUAAUCUGGUGGUGCUUUGUGCUUUAUGGUUAAUCUGUUCUUGGGUGUGUGUGUGCGUGUGUGUGUGUGUUGGUCAAGUGAUCCUGGCCAGUGCCUUCCGACUCAAUUUGCAAAAUAUAGUCGUUAUGUGCUUUUGUAGUCUUGCCAGCCUAAUUUGAUUAAGGUCUAAGUAAAUCAGUCCUAAACUCAAACAUUCCUAAAUUGUCACAAUAUGACCAUUUUGUUUUUUUGGUAGGGUACAUAUAUUUUGUAAGAAUGUAAUUUAACCAUUAUGCCUACUAUGCGAUAAGAAACUUUAUACCAAGAAGAUAAUAGUAUUAAUGGUAUGACUAAUAAAUUGUACCAAAACCACAGGGACAUCACUUCAUACAGUAAUAUUGAAGAUGUACUCAAAAAGGAAUGGACCUUGUACUUCAAGUAAGUAGUUUAUAGACCAAACUUGCAUUGAGCCUCAAGCAUGCACUGGUGAUAGGGCUUUCACUCCUUGAAGGCAAGAACUAUUUUUACAGUGGUGACAGAAAAUGGAGUGUUCAUGACAUGCCUAGAGCUGUCACUUGUAGAAACUACCUACAUUUGCUUCUUGGCAAUUCAAUUAAUCUAGUAAACCUUGAGUGCUUUAGGAUACAGAGGCUUCCAGUAGAAUAUGCUUCAACUUCCAUUCAGAGUUGUUUUUGAAAAUAAUUUUCCAGUCAAAGGAAUUGUUUUUAUCUUUAUUAUUGUUUUUAUCUUGAUUAUUACAUAUAUUGAAGAUUAUUACAUAUUGAAGAUACUACUAUAUAUACAUAUGAAGAUGCAAGAGACAGACUUGUCCAGGAUAAGGAUGCACUGUGUGCUGUGAGAAGUUGUCUCUUACAUUUCCAAAUAUGUCAAGGCUGAUUUUGCACAAUAAGUAAUGAACUUGUUUUUCUCAUAGGCUUUGUGAAUUGGUACUUAAUCUAUCUAGUCACCUAUAGAAAUUUUUGUGACUGAUUUGCACCAUUAAUAAAAGAUUAAAAAAUAAAACAAAAA